GAGUCUCCGGGGAUCUGGGGAGUUUUAGCCUAGGGUCUGGCCGGCAAAGAGAAGGGGACCGGAGGGUUUGGCCUGGGGGAGGCCAACAGACCUUGCGGACUGUAGGGUGACCGGAAACAGAGGGAUUGGGAGUUUAGGGGGAAGGGCUUGUGCCGUGAAGUGCCUGAGGGAUUGUGAACAGGUUGGUGGGAAGUGACUGAAAAGGAGCGUGGACUGGUGUGUGUGUGUGGGAAGUGUCAUAAAAGGAGUGUGGAAAGGUUGGUGAGAAGUGGUUUAAGGGGGAGUGGACAGGCCUGUGGAGAGAGACUGGAAAAGAGUGUGGACCAGUGGGAGUGAAGUCUUAAAGAGAGGGCGAUCAGUGGGGGAGGGGAAGGGUCGGUGUAAGGAGCGUGGAAAAGCCUAUCUAAGGGCUUGGAACUGGGGGCAGAAGACACGGAAGUGGCUGGAGAAGGGCAGGGCCCCAGGCGGGGUGGUGGCCGAAGUGUAAAGAAGGGAGUUGGGCUGAGGGCGGUGACUUUGAGGGUUUGUAGCAAGUGGAAGUGCUGGUGGCUAAGGAAGGUCGGGGAGUGGAACCGGAGGAGGACGAGGAGGAGGAGGACGAGUGGGAGGAGGUUGAGUGAGAGGUGCGGUGCUCGCGUCGGAAUGCGGGACCGGAGGCUCGUGAGGUUGUCCCUACUGCAUCAUCUCCGAGCCGCCUACGGUAUAAAGAUCAAGGGCGGUCGAGGGCAACUGGAUUUCGGCCGGCAGGAGUCAACAUCUGUAGCUGUUGGGAUGAGGAAACAGGCCCAGAGGUUAAAUGACUUGCCCAGAAUUACACAACUAUUCUCCAAGGGGAAAAUAUUUGGAGUACCUUUUUCAACAUUACCCCAGUCAUUUGUACCAGGAUAUGGAAACAUUCCAAGUUUUCUUGUUGAUGCUUGCACGUCUUUGGAGGAACAUGUUCAUAUUGAGGGACUUUUUAGGAAAUCUGGAUCAGUCAUCCGUCUAAAAGCACUGAAGAGUAAAUUGGAUCAUGGUGAAAGCUGUCUAUCUUCUGCACCUCCGUGUGAUAUCGCAGGACUUCUUAAGCAAUUUUUUAGGGAGUUGCCAGAACCCAUCCUUCCAGUUGAUUUGCAUGAAGCUCUUAUCAAAGCUCAACAGUUGGAAACAGAGGAGAAGGAUACUGCGACAAUGUUGCUCUCUUGUCUUAUGACUGACAGUAUAAUUUAUAUAUUGCGUUACUUCUUUAAUUUUCUCAGGAAUGUUUCUCUUAGAGCCGGUGAGAAUAAGAUGGAUAGCAGUAAUCUUGCAGUAAUCUUUGCUCCAAACCUUUUACAAUCAAAUGAUGGGCAUGAAAAAAUGUCAGCCAAUACAGAAAAGAAACUUCGACUGCAAGCUGCAGUGGUAAAGACCCUUAUUGAUCAUGCAGCUGAUAUUGGGCAUGUGCCAGAGUUUAUCAUAGAAAAGAUACCAGUCAUGCUGGGUAUUGAUGGCCCCUGUUCUACUCCAUCACUACAUGGCUAUGAAGAAGGUGAAUAUGAAUCUCCUAUUGUACUUAAGAGAAAAAGAAGACAGAGUGUAGGUGAUUUUGUUAGUGGAGCACUGAAUAAGCUUAAAUCUAACAGAACACCCUCUACUACACCUCAGCAAGAGAAAACUGCUCUGUCAUCAGUGACACCAGUGAUUCUUACACCCAAGAUAAAACGAAAACUACCAAUAGAUUCUUCACAUGGCUUUUCAAGCAAAAAAAGGAAGUCCAUCAAGGCCAGUUUAAACUUUGAGUUGUUACCAAGCAGUCUCUUCAGUAGUGUUUCAACUCCGGCACCAGUUCAAUUUGAAGAAAGUCCUGGUGCGUCUUCCCAGAGUUCAAUCUCCCCCAUAGCCAUCAGUGGAAAUCAUCUGUUCAAUACAGGUGUUCAGAGGCGAAGUAAAAGGAUUGCAAGCAAAAAAGUAUGCAGGGUGGAGUCGGGGAAGUCAGGUUGCUUCUCCCCUAAGAUAAGUCGUAAAGAAAAAGUUCGAAGAUCUCUUCGUCUCAAGUUUAGUCUGAAGAAAAGUAGCAGAGAUGUAAACAGAUGUUCUGGUUUGAAUAGAUAUGAACAUGUUGGACGAAGACUUGCAAGUCAACAAGAUUUUAAAAACAGGAUUGAAUCUGUAAAAACUGGACUGCUUUUCAGCCCAGAUGUUGAUGAAAGAUUAACAAAGAAAGGGUCAAAACAUAUCAGCAAAUCUGAGGAAAAUUUACUAACUCCAGAACAAACAGAUGAUGUGAAUUGCCGGAUGUCUUGGACUGGACCUAAUAGCAAUUUUCAAGAAAUUAGUACAAAUGGGACGUCACUCCUUGUGGGAACUUUUGAUAAGAAAAGCAGUCCUUCUGAACCGGUUCUUAGGGUUGAAAUACCACCUGAAUUUCCUUGUGAACUCACAGAUAUUAAUGUAAAUGAUAAGCAUGAAAACAGCCUAACUGGGAACUCUCUUAGUGGAUAUGAAAAUAAUUUAACCACAGAAACCUUAGUGAAAAUUCAGAAAGCAUUUUCUAAAUCUGGAAGUGAUCUUAAUGCUUUGAUAAGUGACAAACCUCCAUCAGAAUCUGAUUCAAGGGAAGAAAAAUUAAAUGAAGUACCUAAUGCAGAAUUUAGCCCAGAGAAAAAUCUAUUUGAGACUAAAGAGUAUCAUGAAAUGACAGUGCUUUUUAAGGACAAGCAUGAUGAAAAUCAUAACAAAGAAGAGGAUUCCACUGUUUCAGAACAAAACUUAGUAAAUCAUAUUCAAAAUUUGGUAAAAGACACUAUUAUGGAAUCUCAUACAAUUCAGAAAACUAAGUCAGAUGAGAAUCUUCAUUUAAAUAUGCCUAGGGACUAUUCAAAUAAGCAAGAAUUUCCCAGGAAUGACCAAAAAAAUAAACAAGAACUUCCCAGAGACAAAGAAAUCAUUACAAUGGAAGAGACUAAAAUUAGUAUUGAAGAAAAUGAACUGAGUUGCUCUAAUUCUGAGGAUGUUGUCAUCAAUUCUUCAGCACAGAUUACAGGUCAUAUAUUAAAAUUACCACAGCCCAGGAACAGAACUGCUCGGCAGCAGUCAUUGGUACAAACUUGUGAUAAAAUUCUUCCAGGGGAUUUUCAAAUGACAGAUCAUGGAAGGGUUUCAGAUCACAUACAUUGGUUUAACAAACUUUCAUUAAAUGAUUCAAGGACAGAAAGCAAAGUUAAGUCACCUCUGAAAUUUCAACGUACUCCUGUUCGUCAGUCUGUCAGAAGGAUAAAUUCCUUAAUAGAAAUGAGCAGAAAAUCGGAGCGGUUGGGCAGUUUUAGAGAAGUGCCUUCUCCAUUGGUUAAAUCCAUGAGCUGUGAUAGUGACCUUUCUUUUCAUAUAGAAAACACAUCAAACAAUUCUUCCACUGCUCUUCUUUAUUCAGAUCAUAAGCAAGAACAAAAAUCUAUGCCAUGUGACCAGUCAAACACAGAGCUAACUUCCAAAUCAAGCAUAGAGUUAUCUUCUAAACCUUGCUCAAAGGUGAAGAGACACGCAGACUCAUGUAGUACUUCUCUUAGACCUAUAAGUGUUUGCAAACAGAAGGUGAUACUUGGUAGCCAAACCAAGUCAGUUUUGGAAGACCUAACUAAUCAGGAAUCAUUAAAAUCUGUUGUAAAUACAAGCACAGCCUUUUCUGUUAAUAGAGAAGAGAAAAGUGUUUUCAGAAAACCAUCAGGAAGAGAAAGGGUUUGGUAUAAAGGUUCUCCAAAGAAUCCAAUAGCAAAGGUUCAGCUACUACCAACAACUAAACCUCUGGAACUGUAAUUAUAGAACUUUUUUAAAAAAUUUAGUAAUGUAUAUAGGAUUAAGGUUCUGGUGCUUGAACUGGAACAUAUAUUGAUGCCAGUUUGUAGCUCAGAUUGAUUAUUAAUUUUUCUUGGAUGUUUUAAAAUCUCAGUGACAAAUGUCUUGGGUUUUAAUGCUUGUAUAAAUCUCACUGCUCUGAUUUUCUUUGAAUGUGCCCCUUUGGUAUUAAAAUUUUUAUCAUGACUUCUUAGAGCAGAGAUUAUUUAACUUUUUUAAAUUUCUGACUGGAGUUAUGAGUUGGGAACUUGUUUUUAAGACUUGUUUUUUUGAUAAAUGGCUUUGAAAAUGAAGGGAAGACUAGGCCAUUGCCCAUUUGAAUUAAAAAAUUAGGUAAAAUUUCAGCAAAGAAAAAGGCUAGAGAUGACAAGGAAAUAAAUUAACUUUAUUUUUGUCUUAUUUCUUUAAUUAUAUCAUUGCUGUUCAGAAUCUUUGUGUGGAGAGUUUCAUUUGAUACCUUUACUAUUGAUAUAGCAUUCUUAAAACUGCUUUUGUUCUUCAAAAAAUGUUUCAACAUCACAUGUACUUAGAACAAGUGUAUUCUGCUGUGCAUUUGCAUGGGCUUUUAUAACGUGUUUGAGUCAUUCUGAGUUAUAUUGUGGUGUCUAAAUCAGGCCAAUCAAUGAUUAUGAUUAUGAAACAGUUGAUGACUUUUAAGCCAUACUGUAUGUUUAAAGUUAAUUUGCACAAACAUAUUUGUACCUGUUGUCUUGUCCUAUUUGUAAUUAAAAGUAUUUAAGAAGGAAGAGUAAAAC